AUGGCUACCCCUAGUGUCCUCGCUUUUGACGCUGAGGGUCGGGCCAUUGACUUUGACGUCUGGGUAGAUGACCUGCAGCUUUUCCUACAGUGCGAUAGGGCAGACGGUCUCUCCCUCUUUGACCUCACUUCUGGUGCCUCUCCUGCCCCUGCUGCUGAUGCUGACGCCACUGUUCGCUCACAGUGGGCCACACGCGAUGCUGCUGCACGUCUUGCUGUGCGUCGCCACCUGCCUACCUUUAAGCGUGCGCACUUUAGCCAGUACAAGAGUGCUCAGACCUUGUACGACGCUGUAGUUGCACGCUACUCCUCCCCUGCCACUGCUGCACUGAGCCGCCUCAUACUACCGUACCUCUUCCCUGACCUUGCUGCCUUUCCCACAGUCACUGACCUCAUUACGCACCUCCGCAAUAGUGACACUCGCUACCGCGCUGCGCUUCCUGCUGAGUUCUGCGCCAAGAACCCACCCCCCAUGUACAUCACCCUCUACUACAUAGUCACCCGGCUCCCUGACUCUCUCCGCGUAGUCAGGGACCACUUCCUCUCAGUUUGCCCCACCACUCUCACCGUUGACCUCCUCGAGAAGGCCCUCCUAGCUGCAAAGAAGAGCAUAGUCACUGUAGGAGCCUCUCGUGGUGACCCUCGCACCCCCGUCUUUGAGGGGUGUUCCCCCUCCCCCCUUUUUCCCUCUGUUGACUCUGCUGCUGCGCCCGACCUCGUUGGUUUCGAGUCGGUCGGCGCUGCGUCUGCCCCGAGCGGGAGAUGCCGCACCGGCAAGGGCAAGGGGAGCAAGCGCGCUGGAGGGGCUGGCGGGGGUGGCGGAGGUGGCGGUGGCGGCAGUGGAGGGAGUGGGGGUGGUGGUGGGAGUGGUGGCAGGGGUGGAGGUGUAGGUGGCAGCAGUGGAGGCGGAGGCGGAGGCGGCGGUGGCGGUGGGGGCGGAGGUGGCGGAGGUGGGGGCGGAGGAGGAGGCGGCGACGGAGGAGGCGGAGCUGGUCGGGGUGGCGCUGCGCAGAGGGUCGGCUCCGGUGGUGGUCAGCGCCAGCAGCAGCAGCGCACUCGUGACAUCCCCCCCCCUCAGCAGCUCCGUGAGUGGUACGCUGCACGUCAGCGGGGUGGGGGUACUGGUCCGUGCACCUAUGUCCUACGCACCGGCGACCGCGCGGGUGAGCAGUGCGGGGGUGCGCACUCCACCCAGCGCUACUUUGGCCGCCUGACGGACGCUUGGCGUCACCAGUUCCCUGAGGCCACUGAGAUCCCUCGCUGGGGCGAGCUGUCUAGGGCGGGAGUAGCUAUCUUUGACCUUGACAUUGAUGCUAUUCUUGCUGCCAUUGAAGCUGACCUACAGGAUGCGGGGGUUCACCAGUUCACUCCUGCGAGUCAGCGGGUGACCCACUGCACGGACGCUCGGAUAGGCCGACACCUGGCAACGUUUACACGUCGGCCGGGGUCGAGCCUGUACACACUGACCACUGAGUCUCCUCCUGUCACUGCGUCUGGUCAGGUAGCUGCGUCGGGUCAGGUGUUUGCUGCAGCGUCCAGGUCUGGUCCUGAGUCUGCCCCCUGCUCGUGUCGCCUCCUGUCUCACGAGACUCUCCUCUGGCACCACCGCCUUGGUCACCCCUCCCUGCUUCGUCUCCGAGGCAUGGCCUCCCGUGUCCUUGUCUCUGGUCUUCCCCGGUCCCUCCCUCCCCUUCCCCCGGGGCCUGCCCCUGCCUGCGGUCACGAGCGCUACUUCCUGCUGGUGGUUGACGACUACUCGCGUUACACCACAGUCUUCCCCUUGCGCAGCAAGGGUGAUGUCACUGAGGUGUUGAUCGACUGGAUCCGCGCAGCUCGUCUCCAACUCAGGCAGAGCUUCGGCUCGGACUUUCCUGUUCUGCGUCUGCACUCUGACAAAGGCGGAGAGUUCUCCUCUGGCUUUCUGCGAGCCUACUGUCGUGCACGAGGCAUCCGCCAGACCUUCACGCUUCCGGACUCUCCACAGCAAAAUGGGAUUGCUGAGCGCCGCAUUGGCAUGGUCAUGGACAUGGGGAAGGUUGGCGAUGCGUCUGCGUUCCGUGUCUGGGGAUCUCGGGCGUUUGUCCGCGACUUGUCUGCGGACAAGCUGUCCCCUCGUGCUACUCCUUGUGUCUUCCUUGGCUCCCCCCCUGACGCGCCUGGGUGGCAAUUCUACCACCCCACCUCUCGCCGUGUUCUGUCCUCCCAGGACGUCACGUUUGACGAGUCGGUCCCCUACUACCGCCUCUUCCCCUACCGCACUCCGUCCCUCCCCCCGCCACCGCUCUUCCUUGUGCCAGGUCCCCCCCCUGGUAGACCCCCUCCCCCCUCAGGGUCCUGCCCCUUCCGGUGUGUCCCAAGUAGACGUAGUCGAGCCUGUCGAGGUUGCUGGUGA